AUGGUUCAGACCCCAGAGUUCACGCCAGUUACCAUCCAGGAGCGUUGCGAUGGCUAUUGGAUCGAUAAGUUUCACUUUCAUGAAAACGACAAGGCUCCUGGACUAGUAGUGUCGGGGCUCAAUUCGGGCAAGGUUGAGUAUCUGGAAAAUCCACUGAGAAAGGGUGGCAGCGUUGUCGCUGACAACGCUGCCAAAUGGGUUCAUGUGUGUCGAUCUGCAGAAAACAAUAAUGCAUCCAGCCUGGAGAGCGAGGGGCGCGAGAAAGUUUCUGCAGAGUCAGAUACCGACGAGGAUCCACCUUGGAAAUGCUAUCAAAUCGCGCAACUUCCCACGCCAGUUCCUACGGCUUCCAUGGACAUCACAGGGAACGGCUAUUCGGACGUUAUCGUCGGCUAUGAGUUCGGGAACACCAUGAUUGAUUGUAAUCCAACAGGAGGAAAACUAGUUUGGUUUGAAAAUCCCGGUCCAGCAGGCCCUGACAAGCCAUGGAAAGAGCACUUUAUCGGACGGUGGCCGGCAAUGCAUCGACUUGCAACUGGGUACUUUACUCAGAGAUCUUUCCCAGAGAUCAUCGCCGCCCCCGUCGUCCACGGUCAAAGGGAUAAGUCACUUCCAAUGGUUAUAAGACUAACUCAGAUCAGCUUUGAUGGUCCAUUCGGCCUGGACACAUUAAUUGUUGCCUCGAUGGAAGGCGUUCACUGGCUUUACUAUAGGGAUGGGCACUGGGAGCGAGAGCACAUUACUUCCGGUGAGGUACCCAAAAUUGGACAACGCGUGGAUACAUUCUCGCCGGGUGCUGGAGACAUGUGGGGCACUGGCAGUGCUGAUGCUGGGAGGAUUGGGGCUAAUCCAUUUGCCUACGUUGCCACAAUCGACCCAUUCCAUGGUCCCAAGAUCUGUGCUUAUACACAAAACGAACGCGGGCAAAAAGGAAACUUGUGGAAACGACAUGUUUUGGAUGUUUACGGUACUCCAGCUCAGAAGCGACUGUGGGGAGAUGGUCCGGGCCAUCAGGUCAUCUGUGCUGAUAUUGACGGGGAUGGCGAUGACGAGUUCCUUGUGUCAUUGUUUGGGCCACUCGACCGGGAUGAUCAGAAUAACCCGAUCGGCCCCACGCUGCAAUCAGGAGUGUCGCCGAACAAGGUGUGUGUUAACCGCAAGGCAUGUAGAGACUUCAUGGGCAAAGGGAGAGCAGACCUCGCAUCGGUCAGCUACAAUGUGGAGCACUAUUAUCAAGAAGCGGAACCCAAAGUCACAUUGUACAAGAACCAGUUACAUUCUCCUUCCGUACCUCGGAUAAUUGGAUCACUCUGGUCUGGUGAGGGCAUGGUCUAUCUUCCGCGACCUGAGACGAUUACCACAUUGGCAUACAAGUGCCUCUUGGAGGUAGCCAAUUUCGCUAUCAGUGUUGAAGUCUAUCCACCUGGGGCAUCCAUAGAUGGAUCAAAGGAGGAUGGAAUUAAGCCUUUAUACGGGUCAGUGAUUAAAAAUGACCAAACUCAAGAGGUACCAUUGGGUGGAGCGCCGUUUCCUAAUAAACAUCAACUCUCCGACCCCGAGGACAAGCGGAAGGGCAUGAGCGCCGACAAAGAAAAGGGCGCAGUCAUUCUACGUCUAGCUCCAGUUCAGAAUCCUAUAACACUGGGCCCUUGGAAAAAAGCCGUUGAUGUUCCAGUGAAAAACACAUUUGACAUUUCUGAAGGAGGCAUUAAAUUCCCUGGUCUUAAAUUUAACCAGGUACAGGAUCUGUGGUGGGGUGCGCCAUUUAAGGAUGUCGACUUCUACAACAUGACUGGUUUUCAUUUUCGCUUCUUGGAAGAUAAGCAAAACAUUGCACACAUGCAAUUCUGGACAGCUGGCCCCAACGUUGAUGCGCGAUUGCAUGACCAUAGCGAUAACGCUUUUAAGGAGCUUCAUACCUGUUUAUCUCAGGGUACGCCGAAGGGCUCUGAUGAUCAAAUGGGGGGCAUGUGGGCUCCAGAUCCAUGCACGACAAACUCGUAUGCACUUGAGUCCUUCUAUCCUCGGGGCUACAAACAUUGUCCUCUGAAGCCACUGGAGGAGCAUGGUCGAAUCUGGCAUGAGGAUAAGAGCGGAAAAGCUGUGUAUAGGAAGAACAAUACCAUUUCCUAUCCUAAGCAUGCUUGGCACGCUGGAUCAGGCCUGGAUGGAUAUAUUGAUGUCUGGAUGGCUUUGGAGUUCGACGCCUGGUUGGACUUUUAG